AUGUCCCGUUUGGAAACGCUUCCUCCAAUCAACCCUAUUGAUUUCAACAUAUCUUCGUCUCCUGAUUCCUAUACCCGGUUUCAUGAAAGUAACUUACCAUGGGCGACCAAUGCAUUACUCAACGAUAUUCUCUCGUCAUCACCUCCUCUUCGCGUAACCGCCACGCCGCUUUCUGCCAGCGGCGACUCUCACGUCAACAAGGGAGAAACCAUCUUUCCCUCUCUACCACCCCUUCUUACGGGGCACCCUGAAGUCCAUCUUCGCAAUGGGAUCAUGAAUGCCUCACGUCUGGCGGCCGCUCACGAGCCCGACGCCGAAAAGGCCUUCUUUGUCGCUGACCUCAGCCAGGUCUACCAACAACAGCAACGAUGGAAGACCAGUCUCCCCGAAAUUCAGCCGUUUUAUGCGGUGAAGUGCAACCCAGACCCUUAUGUGAUUCGCCUCCUCGCGGCGAUGGGAGCAGGGUUCGACUGUGCGUCAAACAACGAGAUCGCACAGGUGCUCAGAGUGGGUGGGAUCGACGCGUCGCAGAUCAUCUUCGCGAACCCGUGUAAAGCUGUCUCGUUUGUGCGCAACGCAGCGAAGAUGGGCGUCGACCUCAUGACGUUCGACAACGCUGACGAACUAUACAAGAUCAAGCGUGCGCACCCACGCGCGCGCUGUGUCGUGCGGAUCCUUACCGACGACUCGAAGAGCCUUUGCGCCUUCGGGAUCAAGUUCGGCGCACCACUUACUACGGUGCCCGGCCUGCUCGCCAAGGCACGCGAGCUGGGCCUGGACGUCGUCGGCGUGUCCUUCCACGUCGGGAGCGGAUGCUACGACCCCACGGUCUACUCGGACGCGAUUGCGCGAGCGCGGCGCGUGUUCGAGAUGGGGAAGGAGGCUGGGUACCGGUUCUCGCUCCUAGACGUCGGUGGCGGGUUCGAGGACGCGCUGUUCGAGCAGGCCGCGGCCGUACUGCGCACCGCGAUCGAGCAGUAUUUCCCCGAUCGCCGCGAGGAGGGCGUCAAAAUCAUUGCUGAGCCAGGGCGGUUCUAUGUCUCGAAGGCGUUUAGGCUCGCCGCCAAUAUUAUUGCCCGGCGUGCCCCACUUGGGGGUGCUUCGACGUCGACUGCCGCUGCGGAUUGUAACGAGAUCGAUACCCCUAUCGCUAUGUCUCCGUCGCAGGAAGAGAAAGAAGACAUCUCAGAUAAGCCUGCUGUCAUGUACUACAUCAAUGAUGGGGUAUACGGAGCGUUUAACUGUAUUCUUUUCGACCACCAGGUCGUGCAUCCUUACGUCCUCUCCAUGCGGGGCUCGUUCCAUAUCUCGCCUUCCGAGCCGACGCACAUCAGCAGCGUCUGGGGCCCGACGUGCGACUCGAUCGACUGCGUCAGCAAGAAGACCGUCCUUCCCGCGGCGUUGCAGGUCGGAGACUGGUUGGGCUUCGAUAACAUGGGGGCGUAUACGGUUUGUGCGGCGAGCCAGUUUAAUGGAUUCGAGGUCAGCAACGUCAUCUACACGACAGGUGGCGCCGGGGGGUUCGAGGUUCGGAGCACCCUCGCUGCAUUCGCAGCAGCAGGGCAAGGAAUGGGGGUGUAA